AUGUCUUCCGAGCUCAUCUUUCACGACCUGACAUCACAGAAAUGGCCUUCUGCCUGGUCUCCUUUUACGGCCCGAACAGCUCUCUGCCUAAACUUUCUAGAAAUCACGUACAGGCACAAUGAGAUCUCAUACCCAGACAUUGCUUCUGUCCUCCCACCUCUAGGCGUCGUUCCAGCACCCGAGGACAAAGACGAGGAAAUCCAAUACACCCUUCCCGCCGUCACUUUCUCCGACGGCACAAUAAUGGGGUCUGGAGCUAUCGCUGAUAAACUGGCUUCUAUAUCCUCCGAUUACGACAAGAAACUUUUCCCACAAGGACAGAAGUCUAGAGAUGCGGUGAGAAAGUUCGAGAAGGAGGUUAUGAGACCAGUUGCUAGAAGUUUGAAACUGGGACCACGCGUCAAGGCUUUUGUACCGCUGUUUUUGGAUCAGAGGGGUGCGGCGUAUUUUGUUCGUACUCGUGAGCCUGACAUGGGUAAUUUGGAGAAGCUGCGUGAGCAAGUGCUUGAGGAGGAGAAGGAAAAGGGGCUGCAAGCACAUGUCGAGGAAGCUGUGGUGCCGGUCCUGGAGUUCUAUGACGGCUUGGAGAAGGAAGGGGAUGGUGUCUUUGCGUUUGGAGGGAAGGAGCCGCAGUAUGUGGACUUUGUCUUUGUCGCUUUGGUGCAAUGGUGGAUUUGCUGUAGAGGAGAGCAAGAGAUCAUGGCAGGCUUGGAGAAUGUCGGUGGUGGACGACUUGCAAGUAUCAUCAAGGGCUGUGUAAAGUUGCUCCAACCUACAAAGUAA